AUGGGGGGCAAGUCUGCAGCCAAGACCGCUUACUUCGACAAGCUCAAGAGCUUGCUCGAGGGCUACCGCUCGAUCUUCAUCUGUGGUGUUGACAAUGUCUCCUCCCAGCAGAUGCACGAGAUCCGUGCUUCUCUCCGUGGUGAGGCCGUCGUUCUCAUGGGUAAGAACACCAUGGUUCGUCGUGCCCUGAAGGGUUUCGUCACCGAGAACCCCGACUGGGAGCGUCUCCUGCCCCACGUUAAGGGCAACGUUGGUUUCAUCUUCACCAACAGCGACCUCUCUGAGAUCAAGGACAAGAUCCUGGCCAACCGUGUCGCCGCCCCCGCCCGUGCUGGUGCCUUCGCUCCCGGCGAUGUCUGGGUCCCCGCCGGUAACACUGGUAUGGAGCCCGGUAAGACCUCUUUCUUCCAGGCUCUCGGUGUCCCCACCAAGAUUGCUCGUGGUACCAUCGAGAUUGUCUCCGACCUCAAGCUCAUUGAGGCCGGUAGCAAGGUCGGUGCCUCCGAGGCUUCCCUGCUCAACCUGCUGAACAUCUCUCCCUUCACCUACGGUAUGACCAUCACCCAGGUCUACGACCAGGGUCAGAUCUUCGGUGCCGACGUUCUCGACAUUGGUGAGGAUCAGCUCCUGAAGACCUUCAGCGCUGCUAUCCAGACCAUUGCUGCUCUGUCUCUGGCUACCAACAUCCCCACCAUCCCUGCCACCGUGCACUCGAUCGUCAACGCCUACAAGAAGGUUCUUGCUGUCGCUCUCGAGACCGAGAUCACCUGGCCCGAGAUUGAGGAGCUCAAGGACCGCAUCGCCAACCCCGAUGCCUACGCCUCUGCUGCUCCCGCCGCCGCCGCCGGUGGUGCUGCCGAUGCUCCCGCCGAGGCUGCCCCCGCUGAGGAGGAGGAGGAGUCCGAUGCCGACAUGGGCUUCGGUCUUUUCGACUAA